AUGAAAGGUUUAAAUUUGGACUGGACAAAGACCUCAAGGGGAAGAGUAGAGCAGUUAAACGAAUUGGAUGAAUUCAGAUCCAGAGCCUAUGAAAGUUUAGCCCUGUACAAGGAAAAGAUGGAGAAAUGGCAUGAUGCUAAAAUUCUUAAGAAGGAGUUUAAAGUGGGAGACUGGGUGUUACUAUACAAUUCCCAACUUAGACUCUUUUCAGGAAAGCUCAAGUCCAAAUGGUCAGGACCAUUUAGACUAACAAAAGUAUUCACAAAUGGUGCCAUAGAAGUCGAGGGUCAAGAGGGACCUGCAUUUAAGUUGAAUAGGCAGCGCUUAAAAUUAUACUUUGGAGAAUGCCAAGAGAUUUCUUUGAUUGAGGUGGUGUACCUGGAAGAUGCUUGA